UUAGUUCCAGCUCUAACAAGAAGAAAGAAAGAAAUCAAAAUAAUGAAGUGAUUUCCAUACGAAAAACGCGAAAUUGCAGAAAAACGAAUAGGAUACGCUGGCGCUCGAGAGCCGCGGCUAACGGGAAAACGCUGCGCAAUCGCGGAAAAACAGCUCGCUAUUCGGAAAACUCGCUGGCAAAAGCAAAAACAAAGACAGUGGAGCGCAGUGGCAAAGCCAAAAGCAAGGAAGGCAAAAAGCAAAGACAAACGCAAAGCCAAAAGCAGCGAGCGAUUUUUGGAGGCUGCUUGGGGCGACAUUAAAAAAUAAAAGUUCUAUUAUCUAAUUUUGCUACAGACAACAGAGGCACCAUUGAGGCACCACUGGCGGAGCAGAGAAACAGCGGCCCCAAGAUGAGCUGCAAAGUGCGGCUGAUGGAGGACGGCUCGCUGGACGAGGAGCCGCUUACCCUCAAGGAGAUCGCCUACCAGAAGCUGUGCAACAAUCUGGACAUAAUCAGCAGCCACCGUCCCGAUGGCCAGCGCAGCCUCAAUCCGGGCAUCGUGCUGCCCAACGAGAUCUGCGACGGCUUCCUGGAGAACUAUCAGCGUUUCAAUCGCCCACUGGACGACAGCGUCAUCCGGCUCUUUGAGGACACCCAGCGCACUUCGCUCAAGAUCGUGAAUCUGCGCAACAGCACACUGAGCAGCAUAGGUUUGGAGACCCUGUUGCGACACAAGCUUUUUGCACUGUCCAUGUGGUAUUGCGACAUGAUAACCGUGGGAUCUCACCACCUGCUGGCCCACUACGGCGACAGUCUGCGUUCCCUGGAGCUGGGAAUCAGCUCCCAUCUGUUGCAGUACGCGGAGCCCAACGAGAAGGAGCCGGUGGACUUUCAACUGACCUGUCCCCACCUGCGGCGACUAGUGCUCAAUGGUGUGGUGAUGCACCAUCGACUGCAGUUCGCCCACCUGCACGAUUUGGGUCACUUGGAUCUGACGUCCUGCGUUCUGGCCAACUUCAGUCUGGAGGCGUUGGGAUCGCUGCCCAAUCUGCACACGCUUAUUCUGUUCAAUGUGUGGCCCAUCGCGAAUCAGCUGCAUGCGAUUUGCUGUCUGAGGCGACUGUGCACAUUGGACAUAUCCAUUUCCAGUUCCGGGAGUGGCCAUGGCAAGUACGAUCUGCCCGAUCAAACGCUGGAGAUGCUAAUGGACAACCUGCGGCAUCUCACACAUUUGGAUAUCUCGGGCACGAAUUUGGCGGGCAACGGGGUGGCCACCAAGGAGUCGACGAGUUCCAGUGCCACACAGCUCAGCACCAAAAUGGAGCAGCAAUUUGCCCUCACCGACAUCCCCGGUUUGGCAUCGCGAACUCAGCGACCGCUGCAGUUCCUUGGACUUUACCAUACGGAUCACUGGGCCUGUAAAAGACACGAUAUUCCAGCUCUAGAGGUGGCCGGCGAUGCCAAUGAGCAGCAGAUCCUCACCGCAGCUCGGUAUUAUCACGACAGACCGGUGCUUUUGACAAGGGUUCUCAACGAUCUGUACCAUCUCUUCCGCUUCGAGAACUGCAAGGACAUACACACAGCACUGGAUGUUGUGCUCUCCGCCAUGGAUCGGCAUCUCAAGUUCAAGCACAUGCAAAUCUCUGGCAGUGCCACUCUGUUUUACAUAGUCAAGGGCAGAGAUCGCUCCAAGUUUGGAACACUGCUGCGCAAUCACAUCAUUCGCACCCUGCUUAAUGGCAUGGAGAUGCAUCUCACAGACGACACCAUGCUCCGAAAUGGUUACCUCACACUCACCCAGUUUCACAUGCCCUUCGAUGUGCUCUUCGAGUACGAGCGUCUCAUCAAGAUCUUGCUGCACGGCGUUUCCAAGACGGAACAAGAGGGAUUUGUCCAGCGCAUAGCCAUCUAUUUGCUAAACACACUCGCUUGCCAGGUGGAUGGAAGACAAAAGCUCUUCCUGGGGGAGUUGGGCGUCGUUAGUACCAUGCUGACUCUGAUCAAGGAUCGCCUAACACGCUCCGUCUUCGACGAUGUGAUGGAGGUGGCCUGGUCCACUAUGUGGAAUGUAACCGAUGAGACUGCUAUUAAUUGUAAGAGAUUCCUCGAUGGUCGCGGCAUGGAGUAUUUCCUCAAGUGUUUACAUACCUUCCCGGAUCGCGAUGAGCUGCUGCGAAACAUGAUGGGCCUGCUGGGCAACGUGGCUGAGGUGAAGUGGCUGCGGCCCAAGCUGAUGACCCAGGAGUUCAUUGAGGUGUUCGCCCGCCUGCUGGACUCCCUGAGCGAUGGCAUCGAGGUGGGUGGUGCUGGUGGCAGUUUGUUGGCGAGAGUGCGGGAGAGAGAGAUGGGCAGUGCUAACCAUGCUAACCUGCGCUUCCAGGUCAGCUACAAUGCGGCUGGAGUGCUGGCGCACAUUGCCUCCGAUGGAGCCGAAGCCUGGACCAUUAAGACGCCCAGCCGUGAGCACGUGUUGGAGCGCAUGGUGGCCGCCAUUCAGCGGUGGAACAUCAAGAGCGAGCGGAACAUCAACUACCGCAGCUUUGAGCCGAUCCUGAGUCUGGUGCGCUGCUAUGAGACGCCCCAGUGUCAACACUGGGCAGUUUGGGCCCUGGCAAAUCUGACGCAGGUUUAUCCCGAGAAAUAUUGCCAGCUGGUGGAGCAGGAAAACGGCAUCCAGAUCCUGAACGAGCUGAUCGAGCACGAAAGUCCCUACUGCGAGAUCAAGCGCAUUGCCCGUAUGGUCAUAGAGCAAUGUGACAACGGAUCGGAUCGCAUGGUCGAGGGCUAAGCGGAUGGAUGUGUAGGAUAUAGUCUAGGCUUAAGCAUUCGAGUUUGUUGUAAUGUUUUUUUCUGCUUCCUCUGUUCCCCGUUUUAAGGCAAGUGCUAGUGUUAUAUAUUGUUCAGGAGACUUUCUUUCUUGACUUUUAUGUUUGUUGCGAGAGCAACAGAUAAGUGCAAGUUUAAGCUACGCGAUAAAUAAGCAACUAAAAAACCUAAAGAGGAAAAAACAAACAAAAAUAUUCGAUAAUUACAUAAUUACUAGAUUAUAUAUGUAUAUGAUGUAUCACAUGUUGUAAGCCAGCGAUCUUAUGAGGCCGUCAUAAGUGUAAAUAUUGUUAAAACCGGAAAGAGGAGGAUACUGAUAGUAGAAGGAAGGCAGUUGGAGAUUAAAUAAAUCCUUAAGAAUUGAAUUCCCCUGGAUCAAUAGUUCUUUCUCUAGAUAUGUAGAUGAAUGUAAUGAAUUUAACUGCGCGAUCUGUUCCUAGAUUUGUGUUCAUUUACCGAUGGCCGCUACCACUUUUCUUAUGCUUUCGCAUCAUUCACCUUAACCGCUCCAAGUUCUGGAGGAUCGUUCUAUAUAUAAUCUAGCUAUAUAAUCUAGACCCCUAGACUAGACCUUAAGCGACUGUAAAUAAUUGCAAGUAAACGAUUUUAAAGUUCUGCACUUGCAUUAAUAAUAUUUAUAACAUUGUAUGUUAUCCAUUAGUUACCUUACUUUACGUAUAUAUAUAAUUUGAUUCGUAAGCGUCA